GCACUUGCUAGCAACGCAAAACUCGACCCACUCGGGCUAUAUUUCGGCACAAUGCUUUACUUGCUUUCCUUUCUAGCGUUCCUCUCACUCGUUAUUCUGCUGUCGGUCUAUUAUAGACACGUCUUGAUUCCUCACCUUCCUACUCGAAUCCGAACGCUAUUCCCCUCCCUAUCGCAUUAUCAGCCUCUCUCAACCUUCGCGGACCAGGUCCGCUCGGGAAUGAGUAGCUCCGCGUUCGACAUUGAAGCAAACAUCCACGAUGGCGACUCUCGCACUGGAUUGGAUGAACGUGACGUUCAAGAGGUGCAUGAUAUUAUGCGUAGGGAGCGAGUCAACUUUGAUCAGGCCAGGUUGAUUAGACACAACAGGAUACUUGCAGAGAACGGAAUUGAUUCGACGGGUAUGCCAACGGACGCGAAGGCCAUCACCCGUCUCUAAGUUUCGUUUCCUGACGUUUGCACCUUGUCUGUACUCUGGGCUAUCUAUUGGGAGGAGAUCUUGUUUGUUCUACCAUGUUUAAUCAGCUAUCAGCAUCCUGAGUAUAUUCGCUAUCAUUAAAUUAUGCGAUAGCGUCCGCUCUUCUUGCUCUCUCGUUUUUCACGUUCUCAGCUCCUCUAUCAUUCUCAUUCCCAUGGACAAUUGUACGUUGUACGGAAGUGCGUCAGUGUUUACGAGUAAUUCUGUUUCUUACUUAGUGUCCGUUCAAUAAUAUUAAUAUAUGAGCUCCGG